CACCCGCUACCCCCUCCCCCUCCCAUGCUCCAUACCACCUGGACUGCCAGGACUUAGUCAAUGUGUUUAGGUGUACCCCUAGAUCAUGGUCAGUCCAAGUCCAGCUGGUACCUUGGACUCCAGAUCGCUUGCGGCCCGGAUGCCGUGAGCUCCUUCGGAUCCUCGCUUCCUCGUCGCUAGGCUAGUCGAUCAUGGGGUUGGAUGUCACAUCGAACCAAGCUUGAAGAGUGGAACGCGGCUGUAGAAGAGGCGAAAGACUCAAGAAUCCGAUGGCAAAGUAUCAUCAAAGACUGAUCAGAUAUCCCUAUAUAAGUCCAUCGAAACUCCUCAUCCAGAAAAUCCCAUUCCCCAUCCCUCUCAUCCUCAUCCCCAAACACCCAUCCCUCCCUCAACACCACCACAGUCCAAGCAUUCAAAAUGCAGACCAAAUUCGCCGCCCUCCUCGCCCUCGCGGCGGCCGCCCGCGCUCAGCAAGUCUGCACCUCCCAAGCCGAGACCCACCCGUCCCUCACCUGGCAGAAGUGCGCCGCCGGAGGCACCUGCACCAACGUCGCCGGCUCCGUCGUCCUCGACUCCAACUGGCGAUGGGCGCACACCGUCGAGGGCUCGACAAACUGCUACACGGGCAAUACGUGGAACAGCACCCUCUGCGCUAGCGGACAGGGCGCCGCCUGUGCGACAAAGUGCUGUGUUGAUGGCGCGGACUACCCGGGCACCUACGGCAUCACCGCCAGCGGCAACGAGCUGAACCUCAAGUUCGUGACUACUCACGCCUAUGGAAAGAACAUUGGUAGCCGUGUUUACCUCAUGGAAAAUGAGAGCAAAUACCAAGCCUUCACGCUCUUAGGCAACGAGUUCACCUUUGACGUCGAUGUCUCCAACAUUGGCUGCGGCUUGAACGGAGCUCUGUACUUCGUCUCCAUGGACCUCGACGGUGGUCUGUCCAAGUUCUCUACCAACAAGGCUGGUGCCAAGUACGGUACCGGAUACUGCGACUCGCAGUGCCCCCGCGAUGUCAAGUUCAUCAACGGUGUUGCCAACGUCGACGGCUGGAACCCCUCCAGCAACGAUGCCAACGGUGGUGUCGGUAACCUCGGUGCUUGCUGCGCUGAGAUGGAUAUCUGGGAGGCCAACAAGAUCUCCACGGCCUACACCCCUCACCCCUGCCAAAACAGCGCCUACCACUCCUGCACAGGCAACGCCUGCGGCGGAACCUACUCCACCGACCGCUACGCCGGCGACUGCGACCCCGACGGAUGCGACUUCAACUCCUACCGCCAGGGCAACAAGCUCUUCUACGGCCCCGGCUCGGGCUUCACCCUCGACACCACCCAGAAGCUCUCCAUCGUCACCCAGUUCAUCAAGGGCUCCGACGGCGUCCUCUCCGAGAUCAAGCGCUUCUACGUCCAAAACGGCAAGGUCGUUCCCAACUCCGAGUCCACCAUCGCCUCGAACCCGGGUAACUCCCUCACCACCGACUUCUGCACCAAGCAGAAGCUCGCGUUCGGCGACACCGACGUCUUCAAGGCAAAGGGUGGCUUCGCCAAGAUGUCCGAGGCCGUCGCCGCGCCCAUGGUCCUCGUCUUGUCCCUCUGGGACGACCACUACGCUAACAUGCUCUGGUUGGACUCGACCUACCCCGUCGACGGCGCAGGCAAGCCCGGCGCCGAGCGCGGCUCGUGCCCGACUACCUCUGGUGUUCCCGCCGACAUCGAGGCCAGUGUUCCCAACUCCAACGUCAAGUUCUCCAACAUCAAGUUCGGCCCCAUCAACUCCACCUUCGCCUCGGGCUCCGUCGUCGUCCCCCCUGGGACCGGUACGACUACCACCUCUGCCCGCCCCAGCACCAUCACGACUUCAGUCCGCACGUCGUCUACCGCGCCUGCUACCGGCACCGUUGCAAAGUACGGACAGUGUGGCGGCCAGGGAUGGACUGGUGCUACUGCUUGCGUUUCUGGCAGCACUUGCACCGUCGUCAACCAGUGGUACAGCCAAUGUCUCUAGAUGGAUGUCGAAGAUGGUUGGCGCUCUUUGCCGCUAGCCUGUUGACAGUGACGAGUUGAAAGAUUUGGAUACAAAGGGGAUAUAAAGGGAAGCAUAUGUGGAAGGGAUUAAAAGGAGGAUGCGGAACUCGA